GAAGCAAAUCAUUGGGUGAGCCAGGUGACCCAUGAAAUGAUCACCUCAGUUAUCAAAGCAAGCGAGAUUUCAACCAACUCAAAACUGAUGUUGCUCAAUGCAGUGUAUUUCAAAGGUGCAUUGAAGAAAAAAUUCGACAAAGACUGGACAAUACCCAAAAAGUUCCAUGUUGCUCCGCACCGACAGAUCGAGAUACCAACAAUGUCAACAUUUGGCUAUUUUCCAUUUUUCGAGAAUGAUGAGGUGCGAAUGCUGGCGAUGCCAUAUGAAGGCAAUGAAAAUAUAAACAUGUACAUCAUUUUACCACAAAAAUUCUACGGCCUAGAGGAUUUAGAACGCAGUCUUAAUGGUUCAAAGAUGAUACACUAUUUUCAAAAUUGCAAAGCGUCAAAGGAAUUUUAUGUAAGCUAUUAA